AUGCCUUUUCUCGAGAAACCGGCAGAGUCGCGUGUGUUUGCGUUUGCCCUAUUACAGCCGUGUAGGGGGCACUCGCGCUUUGUGCGCACAGCAGUUUCUCCUCGAUUGGUUACGAGUCCGACUGCACCUUUUCAUCACAGCACAGGAACGUACUGGCGUACGCCCGCGCCAUCGAGGAGUCUCGGAACCUUAGUUUCAAUGGCAUCUGGCGCGGAAUCUUUUCGGCACGAUAGAUCCCGCGUCGGGCAGCCGAAGGGCACCGACUAUGGCGAGUUUGACCGCAGCGAGCAAGCGUUGCGUGUACAACAGACCACUACCGGGAGUGCCCCGUUAGGGUUCACGGACACACAGAAAGAACGGCUUUUAAAAAUGCCUUUACCGUCCCAGCGCGGGCUCUCUCUGGUACUCCCCGCAGACGCCGCCCCAGUCACCGAUGAACGGUUGACUGUGCUGCGACUCACGGGCGGCGGUGCGCGCCCGCACCUCGUACUAGGCAUUGAGACCUCCUGCGAUGAUACAGCGGUCGCUGUUGUGAACAGCAAAGGAUGUAUCCUAUCCGAAGCGGUCGUGAAGCAGGACAGUAUCCAUGCUCGUUACGGGGGCGUUGUGCCGGGGCUGGCACGUCAAGCCCAUGAGCAGGUGAUCGAUGAACUUAUUGAGCGCGUAUUGUGCGAGGCUUUUACAUGCUCACAAAACGAGGUGUGGGCUCGCAGCGCCAACGGCUUGGACGCAGUCGCGGUGACCAUGGGACCCGGUCUCGAGAUCUGCCUUCGAGUGGGGUUCCGCGCUGCCCAACGCCUUCUGGGCCGACUCAAGGAGGCAUCGAGCGCGCCUGGCCCUGUAUUUAUCUCAACACAUCAUCUCGAGUCGCACUGCUUGGUGCCACGUCUUUUCGGAGGCUACCGGCCUUCGUUCCCGUUUCUGGUUCUGCUAGUCAGCGGCGGUCACUGCAUGUUGCUUCUGGCUCGUGACCUCGGGAAUUUUGAAGUCCUUGGCGGUACGCUGGAUGACUCUGUCGGAGAGGCUUUCGACAAAAUCGCACGCUUGUUGGGUCUGGACGUUGGUGGAGGCGGUGGACCCGCACUAGAACGGCUGGCGCGUGAGGGGAACCCAAACGCUUUUGAUUUCCCGAUUCCGCUCCGUAAGCGUCCGGAUUGUAAUUUUUCUUUCGCUGGCCUCAAGACUGCGGUUCGUGUAGCGAUUGAGCGCGAACUGGAGCGCUACGGAUCCAGGGACGAAACCGCAACACUGCUGCAAGUGAAUCGACAGGCAGCUGCCGACAUUGCGGCGAGUUUCCAACGCGUAGCACUGGAGCACCUGUUUGAAAAGACGCGGCGGGCGCUUUUGUGGUGUCGAACGCACGAGCCCGAUGUACAGUCGCUCCUGGUUUCGGGCGGCGUUGCAGCGAAUUCCGUGUUGCGGGCACGGUUCCAACAGCUAGCAUCUGAGAUUGGAUGGCGUUUACAUGAUGAAGAGGUGGAGCGCACGGCGGCCUGGAGCACCGAUCCAGGAGCGCCUGCAUGCGAUCUGAAGCAGGCGAUUAUCUUUCCACCACUCCGUUACUGCACGGAUAACGGCGUCAUGGUAGCCUGGGCAGGGGUUGAACGAUUACUCCGACUUGGCGAUGCAGCCGGUGAGCCCGAUAUUGACCAGAUCGAAGUGGUCGCUCGAUGGCCCAUUGGCCGUCGACUAGCCAUGGACAAGCUGGAGCAGCGGCUCUGUGCAUAG